UUCCCUCAACAUACUACAGAUGACAGGAACGUGGUAAAAAGAUGUCGUAAAUCAACUUAGAUAUUACUUGUGGACUGCGCGGACGAAAGUUAACUUAUCCCUGAGGACGAAACUGUUGUUUAUAAAAGAAAUCGUUGCCUUAUUAACGCGACUGCCGCGAAGAGUAUUCGACAGUAAUCAAUUCGUAGGAGUUGUGCCUGAUUUUCAGUCAGGCGGAAGCUCAGGAUUUCCAUUCAUUUGUUCCGUGCCCUACGGUCCGGUCCGUGGCCCGCGUGAUACAGAAGGCUGUGAGAAACAACGGUGGUGAUCGCACGCCAUUUUCUAUUUUUGCAUAGCAGUGAGUUGUAUGUGUACAUUUUGUGUGAUAAAUUGAAAUAAUCAUUGUUAAUUAAUUAACGGUUAAUACUAGGGAUGAGACAAGUUAUCGAUAGUCAAUCGUAAUGUACGACAUGACCUUUUUUCAAUACGUUGUUCUUUCCAUGUGUAAAUUCUCGGUACGCACGUAAACAUAUUUUUUUUUUCCAUUUCCUUUUUCUUUAUUUCGAAUCUGUGUUGGCUGCGACGACGAUCGGAUAUCGUAUGUGUGUAUGAACUGAAAAGCGGCUGAUUAUCAAACUGUUAUUUACGAAGAAAAAAUAAAGUAACUCGAGUGAAACUCAACUCGCGAGAACCAGUCUGUGAUAUUAAACAGUACUAAGAUAUAUUAGAUGUAAUAUUAGUUGACAGUAACGCGUAACACUUAAAUAUUUAAGUUAUUAAAAUACGAGAUAAAAAAUAAACGGACAUAAGAAAAAAAAAAACAGAAAAAGAAAAAAAAAACAGCGGAGGUAAAAAACAAACUAAGUUUAGUGUGAAACCUAAAGAGACUGAAAAGCAUAGUACGCUGAACUCGAAGAAUGUCUACCGAAUCUGUGUCAAGUGAUAGGCAGCAGCCAGACGCGAAAACCGAAGGAGAUGAAGCGAUAAUAUCGAUGUCUGUGGCAGGCGAAGUGACUGAUACUUCUAUUGUGGAAGUGGGCAGAUCUCGACCUCAGUUUCAAUAUACUCGGGAGGAACUGAUGGAAAUGAAAACUCAACCUCUAUCCAAGCGUAGGCCAGAUUGUUUGGAUUCCGCUUACAAUAAUUCACGAGGCGUUUGGGACCCUGAGCGUUGGCAUCUUGAUAGAAAGCGAAGUGAAACUCCUCCUGACGAUGACAGAAAUGGACGCGGGGAUCAAGUGAUUGAAAAUCAUAGUAAACGUCGCAGCGGUGAUUUUCGGGAACGAAUCCGUAAGGAGUCGGAUGGUAUAGUGCUGAGUCCUCAACGCCGAAAUUUUAACUCUGGAUGCUUUGUCAAUGUAAGCCAGCUGCCAACUCGGCGUCCAGAGAGCCCGAUUAGCAAGCCAGAGCAGGUUGGGCAUCGGGAACAAGUGCGUCGUAUAGGUUCUGGUCGCAUACUGACGCGAGACGUCUGGGACUUCAGACCUGAUACAGAGAAACUUGAGCCUGAUCGCCCGGAAUUUAGCUUCAGAUCUGGAGCAACAGGUGGAGCACCACUUCGAGACAGAGAUGUUAGGGACGCUCGCGAUGUGGGAAGGGAUCGUGAAGGACUUAGAGACAGAGACCGAGAUCGUGAUAAUAUCAGGGAACGGGAUGAAAGAUUUGAAAGGCGUUCAUUUACCAGAGACUUUGGUGAUCGUGACCGAGAUCGUGAACGUGACCGGAUGGACAGAAGUGAUCGACACGAUCGCAGUCACCAGAUGGAUCGCGACAAGGAUCGUGGUCGUGACAGAAGGUUUGGAAAUGACCGAAGGCGAACUUACAGUGACAAUAGAGAAAUCGACGAACCAGAGUGGUUUAGUUCAGGGCCGACGUCUCAGCACGACACCAUCGAACUUCGUGGUUUUGAAGAUAUCCCUGAAGAUAGAGCGCUCAACAAUAACAAUAUGAAAGGUAAAAAGCAGUCACCUGCUCAGAAGAAACGGAGCAAGAAAAACUCGUUGGACAAAGAUGAGAAACAAAUUGAUAACACAUCUGGGCCCAAGGGACGCAGCACACCCACACUAACCGAUCAGCCAGCCAAUUUAGCUCCAGCUCCACACUCGCCGAUAUCUGAACAAAACGAUCUCUUGUCUUCCCCCGAUUCUAAAGAGAAGCCUGACGCAGGGCAGAACUCAAUUGCUACAUCAAAAUCGGCUAACGACAGUGGAGAUGCUAACAUGGCACAGACUAAUAACCAUCCAGAUUUUAAUCUCGAUGAUUUUCUCAAGUCUGACACCUUCCCUGGGGUUCAUGGUCUUUUGACUAAUGGCGUUGGAUCGAGCAGUGGAACCGGAUCACGCUUUAGCCAAUGGUUCAAGAGGGAAAGUCCAGUCCAACAAAUAGACAGCCGCCGAGCUUCAAUACAGGAUGAACUACUGAAUAAUUUGCUCAAUGAUAUUACUGAACCAAACAUUCAAAUCCCUUCUGUCACAGAGUCCAAUACCCACUUUGCUCCUAUUUCACCCGCCAACACAACUAAUAAUACAACCUCAACGACAGGAGUUAAACUGCUUGAAAUGUUGCAACGAGGUAACAAGCCGAAUCAAAAUGGCCAAGGUGAUGCUGCCAACACUGUUGUACCGUUGAUGAAAAAUUCUUCUCUCAAAGAUAUGGAGGUUGGCGGAAAGGUUGUGCACAGCUUGGAGGAAUUAGAAGCCCGCAUGAGGGGAAAUACAGCUCCACUGUCAACGGUUGUUGAACCGCCUAGAGUGACUAAAAGCGACGAAGAUCUCUCUGCUUUCAAAAAAUUGUUGGCUCAAGUCACUGGUGGACAAGCUGUUCCGGCGGCAAAUGGUCCGAUCUCACAAAAAUCUCAACCUAUCACACUAAUGCAGCUAUUGAACAAGACGCAGCAGCACGUCGCUCAACAACAACAACAACUUGCCGAACAAAUGCACCCACCGAAUUUCAAUCAUGCUGGACCUCUUGGCCCAACACAGCAUCCCCACCAAGCCCAAAUGCAGCAUGAGAAUUUGCUCAAGGUAUUGCAGAUCCAGCAACAACAAAAACAGAGACAGCAACAGCAGAGCGAUAUGUUGUCCAUGAUGAUGGGAGGUCAGCGUAUGCUUGGCAUGAGUCCAUUGCCUCCAGACAUGCAAAUGAUGGUUAAUAAUGCGCCGUCCAGCAGGGAACUCUUACAACGACCAGAGGCUCAGGCAAUCAUACAAGGCCUGCAGCAGGGUGAAAUCACUCAGCAACAUCUGGUUCAACAACUGCAGAAUCCUGCAAUGCAGCAUCGUCAUCGAGAAGUCUUGGUUAACAUACUAAAGAUGUACAGUGGCGCUACACCCCGAACUGUUAGUCCUCAUCCAAGCGCACCUACGCCUCAAGAUCACAUAUUACAGCAGAUGCUCUAUCAGCAACAACAGCAGCAGCAACAACAACAACAGCAACAGAAAAGAAUUCCGUCACCACUGAAUAAUGCUUACUGUCCACCACCAAUAAUAUCACCAAACUUGGCUGUGAGCCCUAAUACAUUGACAGUGCAACAUCCAGUGAUACCACACCGAGUACCGUCUCCGCGCGAGCUUGUGAUGCAUACACAAUCUAUAAUACAAAAUGCAUUGAUCAAGAAGAAGCUGGAGGAACAGAGAGAAAAUUUCCGUAAACGACAAGAACAACAACAACAGCAGCAGCAGCAGCAGCAGCAGCAACAAUCACAGAGAACUAUCAGCCCUAUCAAUUCACCUGCAAAGCAACAGCUCAGUCCAACUCCUCUGGCCUUCACACCCACCUCCGUCCUUCGCAAGAUGACCGCCGAGAAGGAACCCGAGGGCAACAGUGAUCCAACGAAAAUGGGCGGCCAGGCUCAAGUCUCCCAUAUGCAACAAGUGCAGUCCGCAGUACAGCUGAUUGCACAAGGCGUCAUUUCACGACAUAGUACACUGCGGCCACAGCCAGUACAGCCAACGUGGUCCGCUCCCACAGUCAAACAGCACCCCGGUCGGCCUAUAGUGAAAGGUGGUGGUGGUGGAAAUCAAUUUCAGUACAGUGGUAACGCGGAUUACCAACAGCAGCAGCAACAACAACAACAACAAAGACAGCAACAACAGCAACAACAAAGAGCUGCAGUCGGAGCGUAUGGGAAUUUGGCCCGUUCAAAACACACAAUGGCAUCACCGUUGUCCCAUGUACCCAACCCUGCGCAGUUCAAUCUCCCACCCAACUCCAUAAUUGGCCAACGAUCGAAUUCUGUUAAUAAUCAACUUAAGCAAUCGCAACAAGUCCAGUCUCAUCUAUCCAGUAUACAGCAACAGCGAACAGUGAAUCCUCAGCUGCAGCAACUCGUUAUGAAUCAAAACUACAACUCUGCUCGUACUGAUGGACGAGCAAUGCAAUCGCAGCCAUUGAAUAUUCCUGUCGGUCGUCAGCCAUCCCCCAGUCUUGGAUUUAUGGGUAGCAAUGGCGGGGAUCUCUCGCCAACUUCAAACCAGUUAGCUCGAUGGUUUAGCCCAGAAUUACUAGCGCAAGCUCGUGCCGGAAAACUACCGGAAUUGGGACAAACAAACGUCGUUUCAUUAGAGGAGUUGGAGAGGCUUCAGCAUGCCUCGACGACAGUUCACAAUUAAAUUGAUAUUAUCACUGAGUAACAGAAGAAAAGAAAAACAUCACCUGAUUCUCUACCUAAUCGAAUUAUGUCCACCUUACUUUUUGCUACCCAAAAAAGUAACACAUGAAUAUUUAUAUUUGGAUAAUAGAAUUGCUAGAAAUGCAAUUUCACGACUACAUGGGAAAUAUUUGAAGCUGGCUUCAAAGAAAUUAAUAUAGUUGCCAAUUAACCGUGUCGAAAACAAGGUCUAAGAUGGUGAAAGUGUUCCAACGUGAGAGUUUAGUUAGAGUGCUGGUGUCAAAGCUUGAACGGUUAUACCGAACACUAAACAGUUUUGCAAGCCUAAAAUCUGAAACAUUCUGCAGGACCUGCAUGGUAUGUGUCGGUAAUUUAUCAGCAGUGUUGCAAAACGAAGAAACAAUGCGCCACAUUAAUCAUUAUUAAUGACUCUUUGAAUAAAUAUUAUGAUAUUAUUCGUGACGUCGGUUAUUUGAUUACUCAUCAGUUUGUUGUGAGAUAAAAAAAAAUGUAAGAUGAGCUACUCUUGACUGGAAAACGCUGUAUUAGUUUGACUGAUAGAUACGCUGCGUGUAUAAAAUUGAUCAUGAUACAUUGUAACUUUGCAUAUGACACAGGUAAAAAGCAUUAUUCAUACAAUGUCAUUAUUGAAGUAACAAACUAAUUCCCUCAUAACUAAAAGGUGAAAAAAAGAGAGGAUUUCCUAUUACUGAUGUAGGCAAGUAGAGAGGAGAAAAAGAACCUGAAGUAAAUUCCUAAACAAAUUGUUUCUUUCUUCGUAAUGCGCAUACGUAUAGCAUGGUAUUUGAAAUGUCACAAAGUAACUGGCAUUAAUAGAAAUUUGUUAAUACCCAAUCUGAAAAUUGCAAAGCCAUAUUCUGUAUCAAUUGUGGAUAUACAUAAAGAAAUUGAAUAGUGUAUUCGCAGAUUUUUUUUCUUUUUUUUUCCCCCCUUUUUACCGUAGUAUCACUGACUAUUAGUGUCUAUUAUAAUCCGACAUAAAAAUGGAUCAAUCUCCCGAGUGCACAGUUGCCACGAGUCAUACCUAGGUGUAUACACAUGAACAUUAAAAUAAAUUUAUUAUAAUAAUAAUAUAUACUUUUGUAGAAAUACGAGAAAACAGUAUGAUAAAAAACCGACUAAAGUUGAACCAGCCUGAGUUAUUCUAGUAAUAUUAUUAGCCAGUAAACGAUUGCAAACACAUUCCACCAGUAAUGAGGACACGAACAGAACCUUUGACUUUGUAAGCUCAAUACAUCAGCAUAUGCCUCUGCUGGCGUAAGUUUAGUUUAUAAUUAACUCGAUAAUUUCUUAUUUUCUAAUUGCACUUUUCCUACGAUGAUGAUAAUUAUGCUUAAAAUCUAGCAUGGAAUAAUGAUAAAAGUAUGUUGUAUUUUUCUUCGUCUAUUUGUGUUGGUUUUCAUUUAUACUAUAUAACUAGAGAAUCAUAUUAUAAUCUACUAAACGACUACUAAUGAAGCCUAAUUCCCUACCUUCAUUUUCGAAAUCUCACACAUCAUUAUUUAUUACAUUGUCGAGAUUCCGUUAUCCAAUGAAGCUAUAGUUUUUGUUUCCAAUAAUCGUAGUCUUCUAUUUAUCUGCUGUAAGGGAAAAUAUACGAAUAAUUCCAUUUAUUGACAAACUUAUCUGAAAAUAAUACAAAUGGCAAAUUUGAAUAUUAGAAAUGCUUUCUUUGAUCAUUCGAUACACUUCGUGUUAUCCAAUUAAUGUUAACCAUAGAGAGAAUAAACACUAGUCACUCUCGAAAUUGUGUGUGUGUGUAUAUAUAUAUAUAUAUAUAUAUAUUUCUUUUUUUUUCACGAAGGAAAAAGCAUAGAUGUGAAAUGAAUCAACGAUAAAUGAACAUAACUUACCUCAUAUAUGAAUAAGUCUUACUGGAUUUUCGUAAGGACCUCCUUUUACUAGAAUCAGAUGUGGUAAGUGAUUUACGAAUCUUACUGCAAAUCAAAUCAAUGCUCAUUCUGCAGAAUUUUCCAAAAACCGAUUUCCAGUUUAACCAUUGGAUUAGAAAAACUCACGUUGAAUAAAACUUGCUCUCAUAUGCUCUUUGUAUUACUGCAAAUGGUCAUCAAAUAAAUUACGAAAAAUUAUUUCAGUGUUACAGUUUGUGGCAUUAAUAUUAGGAAAAUAUUGAUGCUUGCGUUCAUUUUUUUUUUCCGGAAUACCAAUUUGAGAAAGUGAAAUUCAUUCACGCAUACUUUCAAGAUCCUCGUGUAACUGUCUAGCUAAAAGCUUCAUCUGCAGCAACAGAAAUAUUGCAAAAGUAUAAGGAAAGUUAUCAACAAUUGAUAAAUUUGUUAUUGUUGUGUUAUUCAGCUUCUGUGGAUAAUAGAAUAUCGAAUCGAAUCUAUCAUUACUCAUCCAACUUCCUUCCCUUGUGCUUUUCUGCAUAUCAGUAUUUGUUUUGUUGCUCUAUGACUGAAUGCUAGGUAACUAUGACACAGUCUGGCAUUGGCUUGUUAGUCAUUACAAGAGAGAAAGCGAGACUGAGUGUUUGUACGAAUGUGUUUAUUUUAUAAAUCCACAUGUUAAAUUAACAAAAAGAUACAAAAUUACUUUGUUGGUGGUAAUGGAGGAAACUAUAAACAGGCAUGCACCAGAAUGAGCAUGCGCGUACUCAAAUUAGAUAAUAAAAAAUAAAAUUAUACUCUACGUCGCUGUUGCAUUGAUGACACCAUGUAAGGAUAUUGUGAAAUUAACGUUUUGUCACCAGAUUCCAUGAACUUGACGAAUGCAACGCUGUUGUUGUUACUAAACACUAUGAUAUAAAUUUGUUUACAAUAACAACAUGAAAAGCGAUAAUAACAUGUUUAGAGUAUACAUAACAACAAAGCUGAUAUACUUCGUAAAACUUGUUAUUAUUGUGCAAUAUCGUUGCGAACGAGGGAAAAUUGUGUUACGUCUAUGCUCUAAUAAAUCAAAUGCUUCUAUCGCAAACAUUGGUUUGAUCUCAAAAAUCGAUAAUAUAACUGGCAACUUAUUGAUGGCCAAAAGAAUGUCUUGGGUUUACCAGCUAUUGCAGUAAUCAUCCUAUGAAUUAUAAUAUUUGGCAAAGUAGUACAUAUAUAUUAGGGUGUGGUAUUUUAAAUUAUGAUUUUUUUUUCUUAAUCUCCCACCAAAAACCUAUAACAGGACAAACAGAAAUUGCAGUUGAUAUUUAGAGGCUGCUCAAUGCUUUUGACUCAAUUUAAUUCCGCGCAAAACCAUGUAACAUAGAAACUGCAACAAAUACUCGAUAAAAAUAUGUUCGUUUAUUCAAAAACAAUGGUUUUUUUUUCUACGAUAACCAGACUGAGGCAUCUGAAACACAUUAAGUAUCGUAUAUAUAUUAAUUGUCAGCACCCAGUUAUGGGAGAAUUUGUUAAUUGUCCUAUUCUAAACCUGUUUUUCAUCAGAGUUCGAGAAAAAAAUUUGGAUUUAUAACAACACACCCGAAUGUACAUAUAUUUACUUUAUCUGUAACAUUUACUACGGAUAGAAAUCUUAAAAGUAGUUUAUUGUGACGUAUGAUGUAUUAAUUCACAGUUAGUUAACUAUCGACGGUGUAUUUAGUUUAUAGAUGAAAGCACAAGUAACUAAAUAUCAGUGGCAACAUCAUUGACAGUUUAUGACGAUGACUACCUUGUGCAAUCUCAACUUCCACAUGACAAAUCCAAUUAUUGAGUCAUUGUCAAUUUAUAACAGUUUGUUACCAUGACGGGCAGAAUAUAUGUGGAAUAAUAAUAACAGACAAACUUUAAGAGUCAGACUUUUCUUGACUCAAUCCUGUUUUCAAAAAUAUUAAAAGAAAACAGAUUUGCUGCUACUUCUAACUCGAUUAGCAUUGCUGUUAUCCAAUUACAUGAGAAUUGUGGAAAUUCAUAGGUGGACAUGAGACAGAAAUAAACUCAGUGUAAUGUUAUUCAACCUGAACAUUUCACACAUCUCUUUGCCCAGAAGAUGAAAAGCUGGUUAUACAAAAUUACCACUUUCAUUACUCGAUUACU